ACAGAUAUCGAUUGAAUAGUGCGCUUCUUCAAGACAACAUGGUUGUUUUCACAAAAGUGCUACCGUUGGUCCUAGGAAUAUUAUGUGCCCAAGUGCAAGCCCAACUAGAAUGUUUCGAAUGUGAUGAUUGUCCAGAUUCCAUGAAUAACCAAGCACUCAUUAGAUUAUGCGAAGACGAGAGCGAAACAUCGACAAUCGGAUCAACAUCACCAGGGCCGGAAAUACAUUCAACAACUUCAGCAAAUACGCCAACAACAGAAGAUAAUUCACCACAUGCUUCACAAACCACAACUCCAUAUUUGGGGACUACAACCCCAACAAAAGGAGAUACACCACCAGGAUCAGAAGGUUCAUCAACAACAUCAGAAAAUGUGUCAGCGUCAACGACCGGGGUAACCACUGAAACAGAAGAUCCACAUUCAACCACGGAUAAUUCCCCAACAACUUCCUACACCACUCCACCAGAUUCGGGAGGCCCCACUACAGAAAAUUCAUCUCCAAAUUCAGAAAAUCCAUCAACAACAUCAGAACAUACAUCAACGGAAACCACCGAAAUAAGUUCCAAACCAGUCACUUCUUCGACUUCAGAGACAACUCAAUCAAAUUCGGAACACACUACAGAAAUUUCAUCACCAAGUUCAGAAAACCCUUCAUCAACAUCGGAAGAUUCGUCAACGACAACGAUUGAGCUAACUUCAGAGUCAGGCGAUCCAGUCUCAUCCACGGAUAAUCCCUCAACAACGGCGGAGACGACAUCAACAGGUUCGGAAAGCACGACUACAGAAGAUUCAUCACCAAGUUCAGAAAACCCAUCAUCAACAUCGGAAGAUUCGUCAACGACAACGACUGAGCUAAUUUCAGAGUCAGGCGAUCCAGUCUCAUCCACGGAUAAUCCCUCAACAACUGCGGAGACGACACCAACAGGUUCGGAAAGCACCACUACAGAAGAUUCAUCACCAAGUUCAGAAAACCCAUCAUCAACAUCGGAAGAUUCGUCAACGACAACGACUGAGCUAACUUCAGAGUCAGGGGAUCCAGUCUCAUCCACGGAUAAUCCCACAACAACUGCGGAGACGGCACCAACAGGUUCGGAAAGCACCACUACAGAAGAUUCAUCACCAAGUUCAGAAAACCCAUCAUCAACAUCGGAAGAUUCGUCAACGACAACGACUGAGCUAACUUCAGAGUCAGACGAUCCAGUCUCAUCCACGGAUAAUCCCUCAACAACUGCGGAGACGACACCAACAGGUUCGGAAAGCACCACUACAGAAGGUUCAUCACCAAGUUCAGAAAACCCAUCAUCAACAUCGGAAGAUUCGUCAACGACAACGACUGAGCUAACUUCAGAGUCAGGCGAUCCAGUCUCAUCCACGGAUAAUCCCUCAACAACUGCGGAGACGACACCAACAGGUUCGGAAAGCACCACUACAGAAGAUUCAUCACCAAGUUCAGAAAACCCAUCAUCAACAUCGGAAGAUUCGUCAACGACAACGACUGAGCUAACUUCAGUGUCAGGCGAUCCAGUCUCAUCCACGGAUAAUCCCUCAACAACUGCGGAGACGACACCAACAGGUUCGGAAAGCACCACUACAGAAGAUUCAUCACCAAGUUCAGAAAACCCAUCAUCAACAUCGGAAGAUUCGUCAACGACAACGACUGAGCUAACUUCAGAGUCAGGCGAUCCAGUCUCAUCCACGGAUAAUCCCUCAACAACUGCGGAGACGACACCAACAGGUUCGGAAAGCACCACUACAGAAGAUUCAUCACCAAGUUCAGAAAACCCAUCAUCAACAUCGGAAGAUUCGUCAACGACAACGACUGAGCUAACUUCAGAGUCAGGCGAUCCAGUCUCAUCCACGGAUAAUCCCUCAACAACUGCGGAGACGACACCAACAGGUUCGGAAAGCACCACUACAGAAGAUUCAUCACCAAGUUCAGAAAACCCAUCAUCAACAUCGGAAGAUUCGUCAACGACAACGACUGAGCUAACUUCAGAUUCAGGGGAUCCAGUCUCAUCCACGGAUAAUCCCUCAACAACUGCAGAGACGACACCAACAGGUUCGGAAAGCACCACUACAGAAGAUUCAUCACCAAGUUCAGAAAACCCUUCACCAACAUCGGAAGAUUCGUCAACGACAACGACUGAGCUAACUUCAGAGUCAGGCGAUCCAGUCUCAUCCACGGAUAAUCCCUCAACAACUGCGGAGACGAUACCAACAGGUUCGGAAAGCACCACUACAGAAGAUUCAUCACCAAGUUCAGAAAACUCAUCAUCAACAUCGGAAGAUUCGUCAACGACAACGACUGAGGUAACUUCAGAGCCUGGCGGUCCAGCCUCACCCACAGAUAACUCGUUAACAACUGCGGAAACCACUACAGAAAAUUCCUCAGCCACAGAAAAUCAGUCAUUAACACCAAGCCGAGUUGUACGGUCAGCACCAAUGAGCGGGCAAGUGGUCCUAGUAGGGAAAUCAAACUAUCCUGAAUUUCUUCAAAUCCCUAAAUCAGUCGCUGGGAGGAAAUUACUAUUUGUUCGACAAAAUGGUAAAUCUUACCAAUGCUAUUCAGUGGAAGUUCAAGGAUCCGACGGGAAGUAUAAAACCAAAAAAGGAUGUACAAGUAGGAACGACUUUUGCAGUCCGGCUGGAAAUAAUACCAGAAACUGCCGUACGUGCGAUACCAGCAAGUGUAAUGGUGGCGCCCAUAUUGUUGUUUCGUUAGUAACUGUGAUAUCAAGUUUGAUUUUGUUACGUAUCUUUGCCUUACAAGUCUAAGGUUGCUUGGAUUCGAGUCUAUCACAUCUGUUUGAAGGUUUUACCAUAAUUUUUACUUUUUAUUUUGCAAUGAUUGAAUGACUGUCAUAUUAAAUUAUUGAAUUAAUAAUAAAG